AUGUCUGCCGCUCUUAGGAUCAAGGUCAACGUUACGUCAGACCCUGUCUGCCCAUUCUGUCUCCUCGGUAUCCGCCAGUUCCAGCUUGCCCUCCACAAGUGGCAGGAGGCCAACCACGGCACGCCCGUGGAGACGGUGAUCACGCUGCUGCCGUACCAGCUCCAGCCGCAGAUGGAUGACCAGCCCUUCCCGCGCAACGACUGGGGCGAGAAGCGUCGCGGCAAGGAAGGCUGGCAGCAGGUGCUGACCAGCCUCAAGCAGCAGUACGCCGAGGUCGGCCUCGACUACCACAUGAACGCGAUGGUGUCGGGUACGCGCACCGCGCACCGGCUCACGCAGUACGCGCUCGACAAGAAGGGGCCCUCGGCCAAUUUCGCCGUCGGCAUGGACAUCAUGCGCGGCUACCACAUUGACGGGAUCGCACCGUCGGACCGCAACUUGCUCGCGGGCAUUGCGGUCAAGAACGGUCUGUUCGCCAAGGCCAGCGACGCGGUCGCGUGGCUCAACGGCCUUGAAGAGGAUGCCGAGGUCCAGAAGCUCGAAGACAAGGGCGUCGCAGAGGGGAUCAGAGGUGUGCCGCACUUUGUCUUCCAGGACAAGUACGCGACGUCGGGCGCUCAAGGUGUCGACGCGUUCUACCAGAUCAUCGACCAGGUAGUCCAGAAGAGCAAGUAA